AACUUCCGGUUUUCAAUCCCAGUCACCUGACUGAAAAAGUAACACCUGAACUCAGGCCGGCUUGUGCUCCCGUCUUCCUCUCUUCUAAUAGAUAUUAAUGAUGCGGGGGCUGAUUUGUGGACCGAAAUGCGCCGCCUGUGGGGUCGUGUUGAGCACGUGGGGGGUGAUAAUGUUGACCAUGUUAGGGAUUUUCUUCGCUACGCAUUCAGCUGUGCUGAUUGAAGAUGUGCCUGUGAAAGAUGACGAUAUCCAUCAAGAUACAAACCCUCCUCAGAGGAUCUACGAACUGUACAACAAGGUGGGCUACAACUGCUUCAUAGCAGCUGCCAUCUAUGUCCUGGUCGGAGCCUUUUCCUGCUGCCAGAUGAGGCUCAACAAGCAGAAGGACUACCUGGUGCACUAACGCCACCUGCUGGACGGAUGAGCUCCCAGCAGCACUGUGACUGCAGGAGGAUGUAUUCACCGGUUCUCACCUGUUCUCUGAUUUCUGCCUCGUGUAUCACGGUUUCAAACUCCUAAUCAGAAGCAUCAGGAAGAAAAAAAUAAUGUUCUGCACCUCUGCACUUAAAUACCAUGUAUUUAAGAUGAUAUUAAUUCUACCUCUGAUCACAAGGGCUUCAGUUGUGUGAUUGCAGAAGUAAAAAUGACCCCCUGGAUUUCAACUUCUGUUCUCCAGGGUCUGAAUGAUUGUUUUUGUCAAAUGUUGUAAAUGUUUUUUUUUUUCUUGACUUGCUCUUUCACACCUGCUGUACUGAACAAGAGAAUGUAUUUCAGAUAAGUGCCAAUAGAAUUGUGUUCGGUGAUGUUAGUUGACAUCAUGCUCAGUUGUCAUGGAGAUGGUUCAGUUGUCAUCACCUAACCCAACUCUGGAUUUCAGUCACAUGAUAACAGGUGGUUAUAAUGAGGAGAGAUGAUGAUAACCCUGACAUGAAUGUCCUCUUCGAUCAUUCUCUGGUCGACAACCUUUCACCCCUUCUCAAUUGACCGCUGUGUAAUCACAUCAGGUGAUGACAACUACGCAAAAAAAAAAGAUAUAAAUUGAGUUGAGAGAGAGUGAACUUCCUCAUUCAAUCCAGGUUUAGUUCGGGGGAUAUUGUCAGUAUUUUUCCUCUUGGUUUAAAUUAACCAGGUUUGCCAGGUUCUGUUAAAAGGGAUUUUUUUUUUUGCAGCUGUCACCACCUCUUGGUGGAAAUGUUGGAGUAUGCCUACUCUAUCUGAGAAGUGCCUUGAGAUAAGUUCUGUUUAUGAUUCAGCACUAUAUAAAUAAAACUGAACUGAACCCUG